CCCAAUGGAGUCUGUAAAUACUCCGGAAAACUAGACUACUGUCUACUCGGAGAUGUGGGUUCCGUCAGCGGGGGGUAAAAUAAGAAAAGGACCCACUCAGAGUUAUUAUGGCAACGUGACACGUAGUUCCACAGCGAAAGUGGGGUCUAACCAUGGAUAACAACAAGAUCAACCACAGUCUGGUUCCUAGUAUCGAUGACUUGGAUAAUUACCUCAACAAACACAAUUCCAACUUGGUAUGGUUGCUUGUGGCCACUAUUCUGUCCUGUGGAUGGAUUAUAUACUUGACCUACUACAAUUCCCGUAACAUUGGACUCAUCCUAACCCUCAUUAUCAACAGAGUAUACAAAAAUGGAUAUCUUCACAUUGGCUCAUUUUCCUUUUCUGUGCUCUCCGGGAAGGUCAUGUUCCGAGAUGUCUACUACAUCAAUGAGGACAUGUCAAUUAGAAUUCAAGAUGGUUUCCUUAUAUUUCGCUGGUGGAAGAUGUAUAAUCCCAAUCAGAAACAGCAUGACCCAAAGGCUGAGACACGGUUGUAUGUCACCGUUAACGGCUUUGAGUUCCACGUAUAUAACCGCACAGAUCUUUAUGCGCGGCUUCAAGAGACAUUUGGCUUGGAGCCCACCCUCAUCCCGCCCCGGCGAGAUGAGGAGAAGGGCCAUGAGGAGCAAAACAGUGUUCACAUCACAGCUGAAUCUCAGGACCCCUCUUCAUCUUGGAGGUCUCUCAUACCUGUCAUAAAACUCAACAUCAGCACGGGUCGGGUAGCGUUCGGUAAUAACCACCUUCCCCAGACUCUGUGUAUGAGCUUUGAUGACGCCUUCCUCACAUAUGCCACCAAGCCUCCUAGCAGCCACCUGGAUCAGUUCAUGCACAUAGUGAAGGGGUCGCUGGAGAACGUGCGUGUGAUGCUGGUGCCCAGCCCCCGCUACCUUGGCCUUCAGAACGAUGAGCCACCCAGACUCAUGGGAGAGGGAUUUGUUGUCAUGCAAUCAAACGAUGUAGACAUUUACUAUUACCAGGAUGAACCAGGUCUGGUCCCUGAGGAGCUGGAGAACGGGGAUACGGAAGGCUGCUCUGAGGGUACUAAGCUUCAGGACCUGCCUCCAUGCUGGGGCUUGGACAUAGUGUGUGGGAAAGGAACAGACUUCAACUAUGGACCAUGGGCAGACAGACAGAGGGAUAGCCUGUGGAAAUUUUUCCUGCCUGCAGACUAUCAGCCAAUGAAAGUGAGUGAUGUUCCCAUGCCAGGGAAGGCCAGACAAAUCCUGGCCUUCGAGCUCCGGAUGAACAUCAUAGCAGAUGCUACUAUAGACCUGCUGUUCACCAAGAACAGGGAGACGAAUGCCAUUCAUGUGAAUGUUGGUGCAGGAUCAUAUUUGGAGGUCAACAUUCCAAUGACUAUUGGAGAAAAUGGUUACUCCCCCACUGUUAAAGGCCAGUUACUGCAUGUGGACACCACCAGCAGUAUGCAGUACAGGACCCUUCUGGAGACUGAGAUGCUGGCUUUCCACGUGAUCGCUAGUUAUCCACGUGUGUGGAACAUGCCUCAGUCCUGGCAAUGUGAGAUUGAGGUGUACAAAGCCACUUACCACUUCAUCUAUGCACAGAAGAAUUUCUUCACAGAUUUGAUCCAAGACUGGGCCAGUGACAGUGAGCCAGAUAUCUACUCAUUUGUUCCGUACUCCUGGAAGUUCAAAAUGCUUUUACACCAGUUCGAGAUGAUAUGGGCUGCCAAUCAGCACAACUGGAUUGACUGCUCCACCAAACAACAAGAGAAUGUGUAUCUCGCUGCCUGCGGAGAAACUCUGAACAUUGACUUCACUUUACCCUUUAACGAGUUUGUUCCCACCACCUGUAACACACGUUUCUCUUUGAGAGCUGAAGACACAGACAUGCGUUUGUGUUUGCCUGACUGCCACCCUAGCCGAUAUCCCCUGCUCACCCUGGCCAAGGACUACCAGCACAGCAGGGCUGCUCCAGACAACGGCAUGCAACCUGAGGCACAAGGAGCUCCUCCCAAGAUCGGCAAGGCUCGCUGGAGGAACAUGACCCAUGCCGAGGCUGGAUGGGUGGACUGCUGGAGUGUGCCAAAUUUUCUGCUCAUUAUAGACUAUACCUGGCAUCCCAUUUACCCUCAGAAAUCUGACCAGCAGCUCAAACAGUCCUUGUCUGAGAUGGAGGACCACGCACCCCCUGUUCCUCCUCCCCCUCGGGUACCGUCUGACCCCAGCCUCUUACCCCCAGACCGGCUGCAUGUGGAGAUGGAACUCAGUCCUGACUCCCAUAUCAUCCUUUAUGGGCCCCUGCUGAGAGCAUUGCUGUCUAUUAAGGAGAACUACUUUGGUGAGGAUGACAUGUACACUGACUUUGAAGAGUCUCUGUCCAGCCCAGUCCUGAGUUCAUGUUCCUCAUCUUCUGGCUGGACUGGAGUGGGUUUGGAGGAGAACAGCCACAAAGACAUGCCCCACCCUCUCACACUACGCCCCUGGGACAUAACUGUGCUCAUCAAUGUUCACAAGGUCCAUGGGCGCCUGCCUACGCAUUGUAGCAGUGACAGUCCAGAAGGUCCGACUGGGUGUCUGGAGCGUCUGUGUUUUGAGAUGAAGAAGGGCUACAAAGAGACCUUGCUCCAGCUUGUCCUCUCUCCUCUUCACGUGUUUGUCAGUGAUAACUACCAGCGUCCUGCUGUUGACGGAGUGUUGCGUGAUGGACACCUGAGUCUCUCAGGUCUACAGAUGCGAGCUCAUGCCAUGUUCUCAGCUGAAGGGCUACCAGUGGGCAGCGACACACUUGAGUAUGCCUGGCUAAUUGAUGUGCAGGCUGGCGCUCUCACGGGCAAAGUCACUGUGCCGCAGUGUGCCUCCCUGCUAGAGUGGGGUGAGUCUUUUUUGUUUCAUGUGGUGUCUCGAGAGUUCCAGCUGGAGCAGCCUAAACCCUCUGCCACUUGUCAGCAUGGAGUUGACCAGAGAGUCUGUGACUCCAAGUACGCAGCCUUGCCUGGACCUUGUCGGACAUCUGAAGACUUAAAGUAUACGAUGACUCGGUUGUCAGUGGAUGGAGCCCAGGUUUUCAUCGUGGAGCACGGCUGUGCAGCCAACAUUAAGACAGGAGCGCUGAGGCUGGCGAACUGUAACCUGCACACAGCAGCGGUAGGGGAGGGCAUCAGUGCUGCUCUUCAGGAUGUUGUUAUUGCUCAGUUCAUCGAGCAGCAAGAAGUAGCAAGGCAAGGCCUGCCUCAACCCCUCCUGCGACGAUCUAACUGGCUAGAGGCUGGCUCUGUGACCUUUAACCUCAUCACUGCGGAUGUGGCAUUGGCUGCUGACCAUCCAGCCAAACAUGUGGUGCAGAGGCAGUUCCUGGAACUCCAUGACAUGCAGACCAAGAGGCUGUGGUUCUUGUGGCCAGAGGAGAAGUAUAAGCGAAGCAGAAACCGUUGUGGGUGUUUGGGUGGAUGCCGUUUUUUCGGAGGCUCAACUGGUGGUUUGGACUUUUUCCGCUUGGAAGAAAUCACCCCCUCGUCAAGCUCCGCCUUUUCAAGUGGCAGUGCUGAGAAUGACAUGAGCUAUGGCCAAUCAUUGUUGCAACCUGGGGAGUGGAUAGUCACCAAAGAACAACCUAAACUACCUGACACUAAAGGCGUGGGCAUACGUAAGGAUGCAUGUUCUCCUGUUCCGAUGGCUGACAUGGAGAGGCGUGGCCAGCAUCUGAGUCUACAGGUACCUCAGCGUUCUCACAGCUCUGCCUCUUCCUCUGAGGAAAACUCAUCUUCCAGUGCUGCCCUACCACUGCUGGCUAGCGAGCGAGAAAGCCCCUCCCCCUGUGCAGAGUUAAUGAGUGUGACCACUGAUGGACCUGUCCCUGAAGGUCAACCAAUGCGUUCUCCUCUCCGCUCACCCCUUAAACGCCAGUCAUCUGUUCAUUCGGGCCGCCUCGGUAGCACCAAGAGCCUAUCGGCUGCUGUUUUUGCAGAGAAGGCUCCACCCCCUGCCGGUGUGCAGUUUAGCAGCGAAGUGUCCCGUAGUGAUGAAAAUGUUUUAGACUCGCCACGACAACGGCGGAGCUACAGCUCAUUCCCUUUCACUCCUUCGGCAGAUUCGAGCACUUUCCAUCAGUACCGCUCAGUGGACUCUUCCAUGUCUGUUGCCGACAGUGAGGCUUAUUUCAGUGCCAAUGAGGACUUUGAGCCAAUCAGCAGUGACGAGGGCCCGGGCACAUACCCUGGAAGGAAACGGAGACGGAGACAGCAAGGACAGCCCCAUAUUGAACAUAGUCGCACAUCAAUAUAUCACAGUGUAGAAGGGCCACUUUCACUUACAGAGCCCCGCCUACCUCAGUUGCCUAGCCACGCCUCCCAGGCAUCUUUUGUCUCCGCACUUGGGUUGGAAGAAGAGGGCUCCUUGGACACAGAGAGAGCUGAUCCUGGUUUGCUAACAACGCAGCCCCACCUGAUGGCUUGUUACCAUAGUUAUCUUGCACAUUAUCACGUGUCAAACUGGUCUGUCAGGCAACCCACCAAUAAAAGAACAUCCAAGUCAUCUCUGCACCGGCCUCUGGACUUGGACACACCCACUAGUGAAGAAAGCUCUGUGUCUUUUGAUCAGUUGUCCAUUCCUUCCUUUAAGAUUAUGAAGGCAGGUCUAUCUGCCAGCUCGCUGUUAGACAGGGGGGUUCAGCUCAUGGGAGAUUUAAGCAGCACUCCAUACACCCCUCUUGACAAGCGAGCAAUGGAAAACACUGAUGAGGACACGACCACGGAAGACUGGACCAUGGAUCAGCCCCUGGCCCAGACUAGGACCACCGCUAUCGUCGAGGUGAAAGGAGCAGUUAAUGUGGUGCUCACACCCCUGGUGGCAGAAGCGCUGGACAGGUACAUCAGGUCCAUGGUGCACUAUGCCAGCAUACGUCAUCCAGCUUCCAUCCUAGAUGAUCUUCAUGGCAAAGUGCUGAAUGAGGCAUAUCAGAUCAGCAAGUCCACGGUGUCCGAGUCCAGUACUGGCAAGCCAGAGCAUAAAAUCUCUAAGACUGAAGGCACCACUCCAGGAUCCCUGAACAUGUCACACGGCCAGACAGACCUGUCAAUCAAACCAGACAAUGUGAAAAUAAAGGGCCUGCAAGCUAAUGUUACCAUCCCAAAGGUGAAUCUUUGUGUGCUGCAAGCCUCAGUAGAAGAAGGUUCUCCCUCUAAUAAGAACAUCACACAUGUCUCUCUUGUGGCCCUCUGCUUCGACAGAAUUGCUACCCAGCUCCGAAUGAACAGGGGAAUAGUGGAGGACACGGAGAAGACCUCCGCAGUGCUGGAGAAGUUCUCAUCGGCCUCCAAGAUGGCACCUCAGUCCAGUGGCUCCUUGCGCUCCAAUGCUGGCGUGGAGAAAGGCAAAGAGAUCGCGGCCAGACUCAACAUCCAUCGCAUACACAGCCAGCUGCGUGGGCUGGACUCGUCAGAUCUGGGUGCGAGUGCUAUAACUGCCAUUCCAUUUGAGAAGUCCAAAGUCCUCUUCAGCCUAGAGGAGACGGACGACUUUGCCUUAGUGGAUGAGACAGAAGCUUCAGUCACCAUGGACCACAUCCCAGAUCACGCCUCUGACCCCUCCCGAUCUGGGGCGAGCCCUGAGAAAUGGGGUUGGAUCAUGUUUGAGUGUGGGAUUGAGAACCUCACUGUUAAAGGGGGACGUCAGUCAGGGGCAGUGCUCUACAGCGCAUUUGGAGUGAUGAGUGGUGCUGAAGCUGGUGUUAGGGGCGGGGUGUCAAAAUCAAAUGGUUCGAGUGGCUCUCAGACAGGAAGUGGCUACAGCACUGAUGUAUCUGAUGACAACCUGCCCAACGAUACACACAGCCCCACCUCUGAGCCCAACAACAACUCGGACUCCGACGAGCAGGACGAGGGGGUGGAGUCUGACGACUUGAAGAAGGACCUCCCCUUGUUGCCCCCUCCCCCUGACUCCAGCAGUAUGAAGCUUACCAUAAAGGAGAUCUGGUUCAGUUUUGCCGCUCCAACUAACAUACGCUCGCAAACACAGGCCAUGUCCAGGCAGCUGAACCUGUUGAGCACAGCGACCCCUGCAGUUGGUGCAUGGCUAGUGCCGAUCGACCAGCUGAAAUCCUCACUGCAGAAACUGGAAAUGGAGGCCACCCUGCGUGUGUGUGCCGUUAUGGGCUGCAUCAUGACCGAGGCUCUGGAGAAAAAGAGCAUUCACAUCCCAUUACGGAGCAAGUAUAAUCGCGUGACCAAGCGAGCACGGUACCUUCACGAAAACCCGUCCUGUUUGUUGUGUAAUAUUUUACACCGCUACCUACAACAAGCAGAUUACAGUAUUAUAGAGGAGGCUACUAUGAAUGAUGGCCUCCCUGCCCUGGUCACACUGAAAAAAGGUUUGGUCGCUUUGGCGCGACAGUGGAUGAAGUUCAUCAUCGUCACCCAAGCCUUUAAGGCAGUUGGCCUGCUACGACCCAAUCAACUGCCAAAACCCAAAGAGCCCGCACCUACAGAUCUGGACCCCACCAUCUGUGUGGAUAGUGGCGCUGCCCUUCAAAGUGACACCAGUGCUGAUGGUGUGGAGUUUGAAUUUGAUGCAGGCACUGUUAGUGAGCACACAAUGCUACUGGAGGGUGUGUGCAGUCGCCCUGUUCCCACUGGAAAUUCGGCUCCUGUGAGUGGUGUUGAGAUCAUGAGGAAAUUGUCUAAAUCUCACACACACAAUGAGUCCGGUCUUAGGAUAAAGGGGUCCCAUCCUUACCAGUCUCUUAGUUACACAAGUGGAGACACAGCAGCUGAUUCGCCAGCUCAUGUGAGUCGGACAGGGCUUCAGUCCAAUCAUAGCCCGCGCAAGGAGUCAUUGCUAAGCUACCUGACAGGAAGCUUCCCUAGCCUCCAUAACCUGCUGGAUGCCACGCCUCCUCGCACUAGUGAGCCAGUGGCAGCCAAGAGCAGCUCUCUGACACGUACAGGUAACAGCCUUGGCACAGAUGUGCUCACUGAGCAUCCUCUCUUGUCUGAGCCGUGCUCCGUCAGCUUCUACAACUGGAUGUCCAUCGCUGUGGGAAACCGCUCAGGGGGCAACGUGCAGGAGUCUCCAAUCAACCGCUCUCAGCACAACAGCCUGCAGACAGGAGGCAUGCUCCCAACCAUUCCGUCAGCAUCUGACUUUAACACAGUUCUAUCAAGUGAUCAGAACACGAUGGACACGCACUCUCAGCACUCACACUCACAACACAGCACCAGCCAGGAAGACCUGCUGGAGCAAGACGAGACCAACCUCUGCCCUGCAGCGGUGCAGCUGGCUGAUGCACAGGUGGUGUUUAAGCCUUUGCUGAGUCACACUGGGAUUCAGCCUCAGGAUGCACCCCCACUUAGCUAUAAGAUGUAUUUCGGAGAGCAUCUGUCCUUCAGUGGGACUCUGGAGUGUCUGAGGGCUGACAUUGUGGACUCAGACACCAGCAAAGACAGGAAGAACAAGAAAGUGCGCAGGCAGGGCAUGGUGAACCUCCCGCCUUUGGAGUUCAAACCUGCUCUGAUGAUCGAGACGUUCAGCGUGAACGCCGUCGUGCUGGAGAAGUGCAUGUCGUCUGUGCCGUCGACCAGCGCGCUCUCCUUCCAUGAGCUGAGCCGGCGGCCACAGGCGAGUGUGCACUGCCACUUCACGCUGGCCUGCCAGGCCAUCCGCCAGCACGUGGACAUGGCACUGGUGCGCCUCAUCCACCAGUUCAGCACCAUGAUCGACGACAUCAAGGCCACGCAGACGGACAUUAAGUUGAACCGCUACACAGCCGGCUCCGCCUCGCCCACACCCACCUUCAAGGGGCGCCCGUACCGCGAGUUCCGCUCGUCCGAGUUCAGUCGCAGCUCCCGCGGCAGCCUGAACGGUGUGCUGCGCCUCACUGCGCAGAAGAACAAGCGUGUGGGCGCCGGGUCGGGCAUGGACACGCUGCCGCGAAACCGGGAGCCACGGGGGCGGAGCUCGCUGGGAAGGUCCGAGAGGCGCACGUCCAAGGCGUCGCGCAAAGGCUCGCGAGAUGUGGCCGACCACGUGGCCAUCCAGAUGGACGACUCGGACUCGAUCACGGUGUCGGAGCAGAGUGAGCCGUCGGCCGAGUGCUGGCAGAACAUGUACAAGCUGCUCAACUUCUACUCACUCAUCUCGGACCCGACAGGCAUCCUGGAGAAGACCCAAGAAAACGGGCUGUCAGAUGGUGGGCGGAGCCCUGCAGAGCCCUCAUGCCGCUUGGCAUUGGACUCGGAGGCGGAGUCUCCGCCAAGCCGGCCAGGGCGGAGACGGAGCUUGGUGAGCUCAGAGCCUCAGCAUGUCACGCUGAUCGUGUUCGGAGUGGGUAUGGUGAACCGUACACACCUGGAGGCAGACAUCGGAGGACUGACCAUGGAGGCAGAACUAAAGAAAAUACACGGCAGCUUCACACUGAAGGAAAAAAUGAAGGAUAUCCUUCAUCAGAAGAUGACUGAAACCUGUGCGUCGGCUCACAUCGGCGGUGUGAACAUUGUGCUUCUGGAGGGCAUUACACCAGACAUCCAACUGGAGGACUUCCCAACCUCCCCUACCAGCACAGCCAAGCAAGAGUUUCUGACGGUGGUGAAGUGUAACAUUGCUAAAUCUCAGGCUCUGUACAGCGCUCAGCGUGGGCUGAAGACCAAUAACGCUGCUGUGUUUAAAGUGGGCGCCAUCAUGAUCAACAUCCCACAACACCCUGCAACGCUGCACAGCAUGAUGGUGCGCAGCUCGCACCAGCUCUCCAAGCAGAUCUCCGACCUCAUCCGGCAGCCUGCCAAUUCCCCACCCCCAAACAGGGAAGACACACCCACCCCACAGCCAUCUGACAAGGCCUCAAGUGUCAAUCAGACUCCAGUCGAAGCUAUCGAGUUCCCGCAGCUACCCGAAGGCCUGGAGAAGAAGCCAAUCGUGCUGAAGUUCAGUGCCAUGCUGGAUGGCAUCACCAUCGGUGCCGCCCUGCUGCCCUCCCUCAAGGCAGAGUACAAGAUGGGCAGAAUGAAGAGCCAUGGGAUGACUGGGGCCCAGACGAGGUUCACGUUUGAACUGCCCAAUCACAAGCUGUGCUUCCAGUCUAAGGUGUCGCCGGUGGACAUGUCGGCCAUGCCUCCCUCUGCCAGCCUGACCCUCCCACCGGUCACCAUGUCAGGGGAAUACAUCAUUCAGGAGCACGAGGGCCACAGCGACACGGCCUGGGCCCCCGACGACAUGCCCACCAAGCAUGGCAGCUACCUGCAGGGCAACUACCUGCGGUGCCUGGCUGAGAUCGGGUCAUUUGAACACAGUCUGACCACAGACCUGCUCAACCACCUGGUGUUCCUGCAGAAGGUCUUCAUGAAGGAAGUUAAUGAGGUCAUCCAGAAAGUCUCAGGGGUAGAGCAGCCCAUUCCUUUGUGGAAUGAAUAUGACGUGUCCGCUGAUGGGGACAAGCCUAAAAUCCUGCUCUACUCUCUCCACCUCAUGUUUAAGGGCAUUCAGAUGACUGCCACCACUCCCUCUAUGAGAGCUGUGCGCUUUGAGACUGGUUUAAUCGAACUAGAAUUGUCCAAUCGAAUUCAGUGCAAAGCUACACCAACAGGCAGCAGCUAUCUGAAGCUGUUUGGGAAAUGUCAGGUGGAUCUGAACCUUGCACUGGGACAAAUUGUCAAACACCAGGUCUACGAGGAGGCCGGGUCAGAUUUCCAUCAGGUUGCAUAUUUCCGCACUCGGAUUGGCUUACGAAAUGCUCUCCAGGAGGAAAUCAGUGGCUGCUCUGACAAAGAGGCAGUCCUUAUCACACUUAACCGUCCAAUAGUAUUUGCCCAACCGGUAGCAUUUGACAGAGCUGUACUGUUCUGGUUGAACUAUAAGGCGGCCUACGAUAACUGGAAGGAGCAGCGGCUGGCGUUAAACUCCGACAUCCACAUGGCCACUAAAGAGGUGGUAGACAAACUCCCAGGGAUCCAGCAGAGCAGUGUGCAGGCCUUCAGCACGCUGUUCCUGCAGCUCACAGUUAAUGACCUGGGCAUCUGUCUGCCCAUCACCAGCACCUCACAGGCCAAUCACAGUUUGGAUUUUGACACUGGCUCAGCGCUGGUGCUGACCAUAGAGAGCACUCUGAUCACGGCCUGCUCGUCUGAGUCUCUGGUCAGCAAAGGCCACUUCAAGAACUUCUGCAUACGCUUUGCAGAGGGCUUCGAGACCUCGUGGGACGACUGGAAGCCUGAGGUCAGAGGAGACCUGGUCAUGAACGCCUGUGUUGUGCCUGAUGGCACGUAUGAGGUUUGCUCAAGAACCACUGGCCAAGCUGCUGCAGAGAGCAGCAGUGCGGGUACUUGGACUCUCAACGUGCUGUGGAAGAUGUGUGGGAUUGACGUGCACAUGGACCCCAACAUUGGCAAACGGCUCAAUGCCCUGGGCAACACCCUCACUUCACUGACCGGCGAGGAAGAUGUAGAUGACAUCACCGACCUGAACUCUGAGACCAUAGCUGACCUGUCCGACGAAGACGAGAGUGAUGACAUGUCCCCCACUGUGACCGUGUCUUUGGAGGGGGAUCUCAGCCCCAGAGUAUCGUUCAGGAAGCGGCUGGUGAACAGAAUUCUGGGCAUUAGCCCCCCACUGCCCCCCCCCUCUCCAUCGGCACACUCUGACUCUCGGGAGGCUUCUGCCUCGUCCAUCACUCGCGCCAAGUCGAGGAGCGUUCGGCUGCCUCCUUCUGCCAGUGCACACAGAGCUAGACACCCUAGACCCCUGUCCUGGGGCUGUGAGUCCUUUGACCCACGCAGGCAGGUGGUUGUGGGUAAUCAGAUCAUCGAUGCCCGGGGGCGGAAAUUUAACAAGCGCCUGGUAGACAUCAGAGAGCUUAAUGAACAGGCCAAAGUCAUUGACGACCUCAAGAAACUAGGAGCGAGUGAGGGCACUAUUAAUCAGGAAAUCCAGCGCUACCAGCAGCUCGAGUCGGUGGCAGUGAAUGAUAUCCGCCGGGAUGUGCGCAAGAAGCUGCGCCGAUCCAGCAUGAGGGCGGCGUCUCUUAAAGAUAAGUGGGGUCUGGGCUAUAAACCCAGCUACAACAGGUCCAAGAGCAUCUCAGCAACAGGCAGACCAGCCAUGAAAAGAAUAGAGAGACAGAGUUCUAGACUAGGAGAUAUGGAUGACCUACCAGACAUUAAGGUGGAUGCUGCCUCUCCAGGACCAAGAGUUACCUUCAACAUUGACACGAUGAGUAAUGUGGCACUGGACACUCCCCAAACUCUACACCCUCCUCCCCAGAGUCCAGCAGACUCUGUCUUCAAGUUCCCGGAGGAGACAGAGAUGGACUUGUUGUCUGUCACCGCCGGCGAUCCCACCCAUCGUUACCCAUCAUACUCAGUGCUCAGUCCGCUCACCACGCCUGAAGUCUUCUCACCCAGCAUUCCCUUCCAGCCUGAUGACAGUCGCCGUGAUGACCUGUCCUCCUCCUCUUCAGAGGACUCGGACAAAGAUGAUGAGUUUGACCGUGAGAGACAUGGUUACUACCGGCGACCAGGAUCAACACAGAAAAAGGGACUGGCAGCGUUAUUUGGUGAGCGGUGGCCAUCCACACCUCCUCAGCGUGGAGCGCUGACUCCGCCCAGCGAACGGAACAUUGACUUUGAAUUGGAUGUGCGUGUGGAGAUCGACAGUGGAAAGUGUGUGUUACACCCCACCGCCCAGCUUCCAGAGCAUGAAGACCUCUCAGUGCGCAGGAACUGCGAUCGGAGCUCGCGGAGUCUUGAUCAAGAAUCCCCUCCGAAGAAGCGGAAGCUGCAGCCAGGUUUCACGUCCAGCUCCAACAUGCUGAGCAAUAAGAGGGUGCCCUCCUCCCUGCAGAGCAAGAGUAGCGACAUGGAGACCACCGUCUUCUACAUCCCUGGAGUGGAUGUCAAGCUGCACUACAACUCCAAGACUCUGAAGACGGACUCUCCUAACGCCUCGCGGGGCUCCUCGCUGCCCAGAACCCUCUCCAAAGAGUCCAAGCUGUAUGGUAUGAGAGAAUCGCCCUGCCCUGUGGCCACAGCCCCCAACAAGACUAAUAUCCUCCUGUCCCCUCCUGUCCCUCCCCUCCCCUCAGCUAAAAGCAAGGCAGGGGGGGGUGUGAAGACUGCCAAGCUGUACGCGUGGGUAGCCCUGCAGACUCUUCCAGAGGAAAUGGUGAUCAGCCCCUGCUUGCUGGACUUUCUGGAGAAAGCCUUAGAGACCAUUCCCAUUACCCCCGUGGACAGGAACUACACAGCACUGAGUGCUCCUGAGGAGGAUGUUGGUCAGUUUGACUCCGUGGAUCCUCUGGAGGAGUCUCAGGUCUCACUGGUGUCGGCUUCUGCCUCUCCGUACUCCUCCUUCCCCGUGGACGUGGUUGUCUACGUGAGAGUGCAGCCGUCCCAGAUCCGCUUCAGCUGUCUGCCCAUGUCUCGUGUGGAGUGCAUGCUGAAGCUACCCUCUCUGGACCUCGUCUUCUCCUCCAAUAGGGGAGAGCUGGACCCCCCUGGCCCCGCCAACCCAGACACCCAGCACACGCCCUCCUCCACUCCUCCAUCUGUGCACGCCCACAGGAUACCUGGCAGCAAAGGUCCACCUCUGGGUUUGGGCAGCCCUCUGGGGCGGAGUCGGCACAGCAGCAGCCAAUCCGAUUUAUCAGGCCCACCCACUAACUCCUCUGGGCUGAGCUUCACAGCAUGCAUGUCUGACUUCUCCCUCUAUGUAUUCCAUCCCUACGGAGCUGGCAAGCAGAAGUCUGCCGUAGCCGGCCUGCCUCCCGGACCGGGACCACUGGGAUCAGUAGAGGAGGAGAGUACCUCUGUCACAGGCAGAAAGGAUUCUCUCUCCAUUAACCUGGAGUUUGUCAAAGUCAGUCUGUCCAGGAUAAGACGUACAGGAUGCCCUGCAUUUAUUGACACUUUCCUGGCCAGCAAGGGAGGCAAGAUAGAUACCACGCUCAUUAACAUCUCAGCGGUGUGUGAUAUUGGCUCAGCCUCGUUUAAGUAUGACAUGAGACGUCUCAGUGAGAUCCUGGCCUUCCCAAGAGCCUGGUACCGCCGCAGCAUUGCCAGGCGACUGUUCCUAGGAGACCAGACCAUCAACCUACCAGCGUCUGGCCCAGCCACCCCCGACUCGGCGGAGAGCGUAGCACAGCACCUGUCUCCAGAGUCGAGUCGCAAAGCCUGCUGGAGAACAUGGGACGGCCAGGCCGCCCAGCACCACUCCAGUGUUUUCAGUGAUGCCACACCCAACCACACACACCUCAAAUCCCCUGCUCCCGGGCGCUCCCGCAGUGUAUCUGACUCCUCCGCACCCCGCAGAGACUCAGUAACCAAGACCUCCACGCCGUCCUUCCGCAACACUAAGUCAGCAGCCCAGCAGGGUUCACCAUGGGAGACACUGGUGGUGUUUGCCAUCAACCUCAAACAGCUCAACGUCCAGAUGAAUAUGAGUAAUGUCAUGGGCAACAACACCUGGACGACGAGUGGAUUGAAGAGCCAGGGGCGCUUGUCAGUGGGCAGUAACAGAGAUCGUGAGAUCAGCAUGUCUGUAGGUCUGGGCCGCUCCAAACUGGACUCCAAAGGAGGAGUGGUGGGAGGAAACAUCGAUGUCAACACGCUGGAGAUGGUCUCCCACAUCUCGGAGCACCCCAACCAGCAGCCCAGCCAUAAGAUCCAGAUCACCAUGGGCUCCACGGAGGCCCGCCUCGACUACAUGGGCUCCAGCAUUCUGAUGGGGGUUUUCAGCAACGCCGACCUGCAGCUCCAGGAUGAGUGGAAGGUCAACCUUUGUGCUGAUGCCAGCCUUUCAGAGAAAAGUGAGAUCUUUGUGCAUGGAGACCUGCAGUGGGAUAUCUUCCAAGUGAUCAUCUCCCGCUCCACCACUCCUGAUCUGAUCAAGAUCGGCAUGAAGCUGCAAGAGUUCUUCACUCAGCAGUUCGACACCAGCAAGCGUGCUUUGUCCACCUGGGGCCCGGGGCCCUACCUGCCCCCCAAAACACCUGUUGCCAGUGUGGAGAAAGGAGCUGCUGAACUCUACAUGGAUGCAGCGCAUCACAGGCACUGGCCGGCAGUGCUGAAGAUGGUGGCUGGCUGCCACAUCUCCCUGUUCCAGAUGCCCCUCCCUGAGGAUGCUGUGCAGCUGGGAGGCUCUAUGAGUCUCCACGGCAACCACAUGACCCUGGCCUGUUUCCAUGGGCCCAACUUCCGCUCCAAGUCAUGGGUGCUGUUCCACCUGGAGGAGCCCAACAUUGCAUUCUGGACAGAGGCGCAGAAGAUCUGGGAGGAUGGCUCCAGCGAUGACUCCACCUACAUCGUUCAGACUCUGGACUUUCACCUAGGACACAACACCAUGGUAACCAAGCCUUGUGGUGCACUGGAGAGUCCCAUGGCAACCAUCACCAAGGUCACCCGCCGCAGACAUGAGAACCCACCUCACGGAGUCGCGACGGUCAAAGAAUGGUUUAACUAUGUUACUGCCAUGAGAAAUGAAGAGCUGCACCAGCUGCGGAACGUGGAUGCGAACACGUCGGAGAGCGGAGCCGCUGCAAAGAGCUCCAGCCUGCUGAGCGGCUUCCGCGGCUCGUCCAGCUACAACCAUGAGACGGAGACCAUCUUCGCCCUGCCCAGGAUGCAGCUUGACUUCAAAUCCAUCCACGUGCAGGACCCGGAGGAGCCCUCCCUCAGCGAUUCCCAGAGCAAGCCCAAAGUGGAGUGCAGUGUGGUUACGGAGUUCACCGAUCACAUCUGCGUUACCAUGGACGCGGAGCUGAUCAUGUUCCUGCAUGACCUGGUCUCUGCUUACCUGAAGGAGAAGGAGAAAGCCCUGUUUGCACCACGAAUGUUUCUGUCACGACCGGGUCAGAAGAGCCCGACGACACAGCAGGAGGACGGCACCCCCGCAAAAGAGAAGCCCAAAGAGGAGGGAGUGAACUACGCCACCGUGGACUGGAGGGACUUCCUGUGCAACACCUGGCACCUGGAGCCCACUCUGCGGCUGAUUUCAUGGACAGGCAGGAAAAUUGACCCAGUAGGAGUGGACUAUAUCCUUCAGAAACUGGGCUUCCACCAUGCAAGAACUACAAUUCCCAAGUGGCUUCAGAGAGGCGUGAUGGACCCACUGGACAAAGUCCUGUCUGUUCUCAUUAAGAAACUUGGCACUGCACUGCAGGACGAAAAGGAGAAGAAAGGACAGAGAGACAAAGAGGAACAUUAAUAUUCUUUCCCUCGGCCUGCUUCUUUCGUUCCGACACAUUCAGAUGUGAGAUCCGGAUGGAAUGUGACUAUAAACUCAUCUCAUACACUGGAUACAUUACCACUAUUGUACAGUGCACUUUGUAUAUUCGCUCACUGGUUUCCUCUGUGAAAUUACUGUGACAGAUGUUUACUGUAGCGCACGUGUCUGUCCUCCUUCAGAACCAGCUGAAGGUGGUUCUUUUAUUGUCUGUACAGUUUGAGCUGAAAUAGCAAUCUAUUGUAACUUGCUGCUGAAUGGCAGCUGGACUUCUUAACAUGGAUUAUACACCCUUUUAUAUUUAGUGUCAUUAACACUUCACUAACAGUGACUGGCAAGGAGACAGAAGCUAUCUGAGUGUUUGAGCUGUUCUUUAUAACGGGAGUUCACAGCUAGUGUCUCUUGGUGUUAUGGUCACCCUCUCAAGCUUGUGAAAAAUGAGUCCAUUUAAAUUAAAAAAACAAACUAACUAACUAAAGUCAGUAUUUUGGGGCACAUACAUCAGUUAUGUUGCACUACCAUUUCAGAUUUUGUGGGAAGCUGGGGCAUCUUAAAACCACUAUCAUUUUCAAAUGACCAAAUGUCGUGACAUCUGCUGUUGGGUUCAGGUUGAAAAAUCAAUUACAACAGUAGUUCUAACAAGAGCCAACCUGGGAUUGUAUUUUAAAAUGUGAAUCUUUCUAAUGCCAUGUGAUUUUUUUUUUAUUGACAUGCACAAUGGGUUAUUUAAUAUCUUAAAGUGAAUAAUCCAUAAGUCGUUUUAGGCCCAUGAUUUUAAUGUAUAAGCAAAGUGCAAUAGGCUUGUAUAUAAACAAGUGCAAAGGUGCAGUGGGCUUUAUCUGAAUAAAAUCAUUGCACUAUGUG